AGCCGAGUGGUGAUUUUUUUUUUUUUGGAGGGGGGGGCGACCGGGGAAGAAGAAACUCAUUUUCUCGUGUGCUCCUCUCCGCUGUCAUUCACUCGGCUCCUUUCAGCAUGCAGCCAAUGGAGAGUGAGGGCCUGGGAGCAGCAGGCCUUGGGUAGCGUGAUUGAUGGGCAAACAGGACGGAGGGGCUCUCGCACUCGCACUCCGCCGCGCUCCGCUCUGCGCCGCGGGGCUCCGGCUCCGCAUUGCCGGCGGGGGCGAGGGCUCCUCGUCCUCGCGUGUCGGUGCGUGGGUGCCUCGGGUGGGGGUUUGAGGUGCUACUGGGGUCUGAGGGUCUCGGGAUCUGGGCUGUGUCUCCCGUGUGCGCCCCGGCGAUGCGUGGCUCUGAGCGCGGGGCCGGCGUGGAGCGGUCGCGCGUGGCUCUGUCGCGGUGUCCCGGGGCGCGCAGCUGCGGCGCGAUGGGUCUGAGAGCGUAGUGCCGACCCGCGCCUGGCUCCUGCGUUCUGCUGCCGCAUUUUGGGGUCUGUGCGGCUGCGCCGGGGUCCGGCGGUGGGGCCCCCGGGCUCGGGGCACGGCUCCGCUGCCGGAGAGGGGACGGACGGCGGCGGCAUGGAGCACCUCGGGGCUCACCACCUGCACCAAGGCCAAGCCGAGCCCAUCAGCUUCGGCAUCGACCAGAUCCUCAACACGUCGGAGCCGGGCAGCUGCAUGGUGUCCCACCCGCGGCUGCAGGACUCGGCGGAUUACGGCCUGGGCUGUAUCGUGGGCAGCGCCUACAACACGGUCACCGGCGGCUACGGGGCGAGCGGCGGCGGGGCCGGAGCCUACGGCGGCACUUCGUGCAGCAUGGGAGCCUUGCCCGGCUCCUACAACGUGAACAUGGCGGUGAGCAUGAACGGCAACACUUUGAGCUCGGCCGGGGGGGUGAUCCGCGUCCCGGCCCACCGCCCCGUAGCCGGCGGCGUGCACCAGCCCCUCUCCGCCGCCGUGCCGCCGGUGAACGGCAUGAACAGUCUGACGGGGCUCACCUUCCCCUGGAUGGAGAGCAACAGGCGGUACACAAAGGACAGGUUCACAGUGGCCCUCUCACCCUUCACUGUAACACGCCGUAUAGGUCACCCCUACCAGAACCGCACGCCCCCCAAGAAGAAGAAGCCGCGCACGUCCUUCACCCGCCUGCAGAUCUGCGAGCUGGAGAAGCGCUUCCACCGGCAGAAGUACCUGGCCUCGGCCGAGCGCGCUGCCCUGGCCAAGGCCCUCAAGAUGACGGACGCACAAGUGAAGACCUGGUUCCAGAACCGGCGCACCAAGUGGAGGAGGCAGACAGCGGAGGAGAGGGAGGCCGAGCGGCAGCAAGCAAACCGCAUCCUCAUGCAGCUGCAGCAGGAGGCCUUCCAAAAAACCAUCAACCAGCCCAUCCAGGCCGACCCCAUCUGCGUGCACAACUCUUCUCUCUUCGCCCUGCAGAACCUCCAGCCCUGGUCUGAUGACUCCACCAAGAUCACCAGUGUCACCACCGUCGCCUCCGCCUGUGAAUAAGGGCUGGCACUUGUGGUGUCUCCUUUGUCACCGGACACACGUGCAUCCCAUGGAGUAUCCCUCUAGGAGGACCGAUGGGGAAGGGAAAUUCACCCCCCACCCUCUCUCCGCCUGCAGGGCUGCGGAGCAGCAGCGGCUUGCCUCCCCCCAGCCCUUUUGUUCUUCCGAAAGUCUCUGGUGCCGGCCUCAAACUUCCUGACACGCUGCCAGACAAAGCUGAGCCCUGACAGACAAGGCCUCGGGCGAGCGCCCGGCUGGGGGAACUUCCUCUGGGUUCUGCAGGGCUCGGGGCACCCCGUAGGUCCGUAUGUAUAUAUAAUGUGCGUCUAUAGGUAUGCACUUUGGACUGAUUGGAACAAAAGGACACGGCUCCCUUGGAAGUGUGUUUGUGCAGCCAGGCACAGUGCUGGGCCCUUGGCGCUGGAGAUGUUUGGGGACGCAACCAAUGGAGAAAGCCACCCGUCUCCUCACCUCCCAGCAGCAAUUUCUGCUGGCGACAGUAGCGAGCCCUUCGGAUCUCACCUAGCCACGUCUCCUCCCCUUUUUCAUUAAUUUUUUCCUGCGAGGGGGGGGAAGAAGCGAAGGAACUGACAGCCUCCUGAGGACGGUAAAUGUGAUAUCUCAAUUGUACGAAGAGCCCAAACUGUCCCCGGCCGCCACGGCUGCAGCGCCGAUCAGCCAGCGCUUUAAUAAUGAGGAGAGCCUGGCGGUGCUGGCCAGGGGCGAUGCCGCUCCGCUCUGCUCCUCUCUGUGGGUUAUUUCCAUAUCAUUUGCAAAGCGCUGCCCCACGGUUUGUUUUACCUGUGUCCCUUUAUGAGGCGGUUUGGGAGGGCGAAAAUCGAUUUCACUUCCGACUUUGUUUUUUCUUUAAUUGUUCUGAGGGAAUGAGACACAAUUAAACAAAGCACUUCCUAUAGUAAACGCCGGGAAUAUAUAGAUAUUAUAUAUACAGUAUAUAUUUUUCAGUUACUUAUAAUCUAAAGCAGCACUGCCAAUUUAAACAGCUAGUACAGGCAAGCAAUCAGAAAACCUAUUUUCAGUGAGAUUUUUUAAGGCUUUUUUUUCUUUAAGUUAUGCACUUAUAAGGUGUUUUCUGUGUAUUCAUUUUAUAAAGUGCUUGUGUAAUUUAUGUGGAAACGAAAAAAAUAAAAAAUAAAAAAAGUCUCCAGGGUACU